GAGGAGGCGAACGGCACCGACAGCGCCAGAGCUCCCAAAGUGACCUGCGAGGAGAGAAACGUCAGCGGCAUCCAGCGGUUCACGCCGCAGAUCCUGAACGUGUCGGAGGACCUGAUGGAGUUGUUAAACCCAAACAGCAGCGACUGUACGUUAGUCUUGUUCUAUACGCCGUGGUGCCGCUUUUCUGCCAAUCUGGCACCUCAUUUUAAUUCUUUACCUCGAGCGUUUCCAACUCUUCGCUUCCUGGCCCUGGAUGCAUCUCAGCACAGCAGUUUAUCAACUCGAUUCGGAACCGUGGCUGUACCCAAUAUCCUCCUUUUCCAAGGUGCUAAACCCAUGGCUAGGUUCAAUCAUACAGACAGAACGCUGGAGACACUGAAAGACUUCAUUUUUAAUCAGACAGGCAUAGAAGCUAAAAGCGACGUGGUUGUGACCGAGGAAGACUGGGAAGGCCCGCUGCCUAGCGUGCUGACAAAAGGCAUCGACUGGCUGCUGCUGUUCUCUCUGCUCUUCCUGGCGAGCUUUGUUAUGUAUGCCACCAUUCGAACGGAGAGCAUUCGCUGGCUGAUCCCGGGACAAGAGCACGAGCAUCAGGAAUAA